AUGGACAAAUACCUCCAGCAAAGAAUCGUGAUAUAUCCGGAUGGCAACGCGGGCAAGCAGUACACGACAGCAAAGACAGCACAAGCACUGCUGGCUUUGAGCCCUGCUCAGCAGUCCUUGGCACAGGCACUUCGCGGCAUCGUUGGCCAGAGCAACGUUGUGGAAAAUGCAGACGAAACCGGCACCAUGGUGGGAAGAGGCCGUGCUAUUGCUGUUGUCAGGCCCGGGACUUUGGACGAGGCUGUCCGGGUUCUGCGAGCCUGUGUUGCAGCAGACACUGCAAUCAUUCCCCAAGGGGCAAAGACCGGUCUGACGGGCGGGUCUGUUCCCCGAGACUCUGGCUGCGAUAGACCCUUCGUGAUCAUUAACAUGAGACGGCUGCAGAAGAUUCUUCCGAUCGAUGCUGGACAGCAGGUGCUAUGCUUUGCUGGAGCAGGAAUCUGUAGCCUACAAGAGGCCCUAAAGCCCCUGAAUCGUGACUCUCAUUCCGUUCUGGGCUCCAUAUUUUUGAACCCUUCAGUGGCGGCCGGCAUCGCCUUUGGCAGUGGUGGCACGCAGGUCCACAAGGGGCCGGCCUAUACGGAUCGAGCGCUGUACUGCCGAGUUACGAAAGGUGGCGACGUAGAGGUGAUUAACACGUUGGGUUUGAAAACUCCAUCGGGCCAGGAAAUUGUGCCGUUCCUGGAUGAGGCUGAAGUGCUCACUGGCAAGGAUGUGGACCCUACAUGUCGCAGAGCAGCUUCGUGGCCGAACUAUCCGAAGCACGUCACCAGCUUUGAUGGCCAGGUUUCGAGGUAUUGUUCUGACCUCGCGGGCGAAGAUUGCAACCGAUCUGAGGGCAAAGUCUUGAUUCUAGCCACCGUUCACGACACAUUCCCCAUGCCCCGUGAGAGCAAGUUCGUCUGGAUUUCCUGCAAAGACUUUGCAACUGCCAACUUGCUCAAGCGCAAAAUCUUUAGUUCCCCAGACUGCUUGCCAAAGCAGUUCGAGUAUUUGGGCCGUUCCCAAUUUGACUGCUGUGAUCGCGGUGGACGUGUCCUGAUCAAGCUUAUUGAGCUCCUGGGAAUGAUGAACUUGUCAGGCUUAUGGAACUUCAAGCUGAAAUUCGAGGCCUUGCCAAUUCCUUUUGUCAACAUUCUGGCAGACAAGGUUCUGUGGUACCUAAAUCCGAUCUUUCCCGAGUCCUUGCCGAAGCAGCUGAUGCAGCAGGGCAGAGACUUUGACCAUCACCUGAUCAUGGAAAUGACAGAGUUUGGCGGCGGUGAGCUGAAGCGCCUCGAGGCUUUGCUGGACAACACCCUGGCCACUCUUCCUGAAGGUCAAGCCAAGAGCUACGUUUGUCGCAAUGCCUUUGAGUCCUCGCGGGUGAUGCUCUUCCGGUUCGCGGUUCAGCCCUCCAUCCGGACCAUGGCGGUGGGCACCGGCCACCAGGGCUUGAUCAUUGACUACGCGAUGCCCAAGAACUUCGACAAGAUUCUGGAGCUGCCAGAAGACUGGGGCAUUGAAAUGCGCUGCCUUUGCUCACACUUCGGCUGCAAUGUGUUCCAUGAGAGUCUUGUUCUACGGAAAGACGUCGAUGCGGAGGCCGUAAAGAAGCAGAUCAAGAAGUUCAUUGAACGCAGUGGUGGCAAACUCCCAGCAGAGCAUGGACACGGGAUUGAGUAUGCAGCUCCCGAAGACACUCGACAAAGGUGGUGCAAGAUCGACCCCACGAACUGCAUGAAUCCAGGAGUGGGUCAAACCUCGCGCUUGCGCAACUAUGCUUGA